AUGUAUCGCUGGACUGCGGAGGCACUGCUGUUGACCCUACUUGGACUGCAGACAGUCAUGGGAAAAGGACACUGGUGUGAACGCAUCAUACAGCAGAAAGUGGAUCGGGUUCUGACACCACGUCUGACGCUGGAGGUGAGCUGCUCCGACGUGUACCAGUAUAACACCCAAGGCUGGAGACUGGAUGUAGAGUCAAUGAGGGCUAAGCAUGGUGGAGACGAUGGCAUUGCGUUGUACUACAAACAGCAAGGUCUCAAGGCAUCCUGCUCAUUGUACAAACUGCCAGUAAUUGAAACCCAAAUGUUGAACAAGACAGUGAGAGCAUGCUGUGAAGGAUGGAGUGGUCCACGGUGCUCGGAUGGUGUAGGAGUACAUGGUCAGUGUUACUCCACAUGGAGUUGUGUGGAGUUCCCUGGUGUCAACAAUGCGUCGCUAAUGGCGAUGGAGCAGUGUUGCAGCAGCACCUGGGGAUUAAGUUGGAGAAAUGCCUCAUCACAGACCUGUUUGUCCUGCACCUAUACUCUACUGCCAGACUCCCAGUUCUCCCCACUAGUGCGUGGGGGUCUUCUUGGGAGUGUCAGGGCACCUCAAGGCUCAGCCACCUGCAUGUCCUGGGGUGGAUCACACUACCGCACUUUUGACAAGAAGCACUUCCACUUCCAGGGUACUUGCACUUACCUGCUGGCCUCAUCCACUGAUGGCACCUGGGCAGUCUACAUCAGCACAGUCUGUGUUGGCAGGGGAGACUGCAGUAAGGCUCUGAGGAUGAUGAUGGGCCUUGAUUUGGUUACGAUCAUUCAGAGGAAUUUAACGCUCAACAACCAAGCUGUUCCAAAUGGAGAGCCCAUCUUUCAAAAUGGAGUGAGUGUCCACUGGCUUGGAGAUUUCGUGUUUGUGGAAAGUGGCCUUGGGGUGAGGGUGAAGUUUGAUCUGGUCAACACUGUCCAUCUGACUCUAACAUCUGAGCAUCUAGAAGCCACUCGGGGACUUUGUGGAAUCUAUAACAACAAUCCAAAUGAUGAUUUCACCACAAUUGGAGGAACUGUAACUCAGUAUGCUGCAAGCUUUGGCAACUCAUGGAAAGUUACGGACCAGCAGAAUGAAGGCUGCAGUGAUGCUGCGGAGCUUGGACACAGUUGUGACAUCACUGGAGAUGCUGCCUUACGCAGGCAAGCAGAGUCCAUGUGUCAUCGACUAUUAGAAAGCCCCUUCACGAAUUGUCACCCCCGCUUGGACCCAGCAGCAUACCUAGAUACAUGCAUGUAUCUUUUCUGUAGCUUGCCAUCUAGGGAGAGGGAAGCGGCAGUAUGUGACACACUGGCAAGCUAUGCUCGAGAGUGUGCCCAGCAACAUGUCGUCAUUAUUUGGAGAAAAGACACGCUAUGUGCUCGCGUUUGUCCGAGAGGGCAAGUCUUUUCAGACUGUGUGUCCUCAUGUCCCCCCAGCUGUGCAUCCCCCGAACCUCCGGGGUCAGCUGCAUCAGUAGGUCAGUGCCGGGAGGAGUGUGUUGGGGGAUGCGAGUGUCUUCCAGGUCUCUACCUUCAUCAGGGAAAGUGCCUGAAAAGAGAUGACUGCCCUUGUUUCCAUCGUAGACACACAUAUCAGUCAGGAGACAAGAUACAGCAGAAAUGUAACACCUGUGUGUGUAAAGAAGGUCAGUGGAAAUGUUCUGGAGAGAAAUGCGCUGCUCAAUGUGUUCUGAUGGGAGCGCUCCAUGUCACAACCUUUGACAAAAAGAGAUACUCAUUGAAAGGAGGAGACUGUCCUUUUACCACUGUGGAAGACUAUGUCGACCGAAAGCUAGUUGUAACUGUGCGCUCUGGUGAGUGCACAACAGGAGGAGGAGGUAGCGUAACAGGUCUAGGUUGUUUAAUAGAGAUGACAGUCUCAGCACUUCGUACCACAGUCACCAUCACAGACACUGGUAUGGUGAAAUUGAAUGGCCAGAGGGAACAGUUGCCGGUGGUGACUGCAGACCUGGUAGUAUGGAGGGCUUCGUCUGCUUUUCUCCUAAUCCAGACUUUUGGAGCUCAGAUUCUGUGGCAUCUAGAUGGACCCCUAAUUAUCAUUACCUUACAGCCUCACUUUACAAACAAGGUCCGAGGCCUUUGUGGAACACUUACGUGGAACCAGCAUGAUGAUUUUAUGACUCCGGAAGGAGAUGUAGAGAGCAGCGUAUUAUCCUUUGCUGGAAAAUUCACCACAGAGCAUUGCACCUUAUCUGGAGGAACUCUUCCAGACCCCUGCACUACUUCCACCCAGAAGAGGCACUAUGCUGAUACUCUGUGUGCCAUCAUACACAGCAACGUAUUCCAGGCAUGCCAUGAUGUAGUGGAGAGAGAACCUUAUUUUCGCUUAUGUCAGUCAGAGGUGUGCAGCUGUGCACCCCAUAAGGCAUGUCAUUGCACAGUGCUGACUGCCUAUGCCAGAAACUGUGCCCAGGAGGGUAUAGCGAUCCGCUGGCGUAACCAUACCUUCUGCCCGGUCCGGUGUUCAGGGGGUCAGGUCCAUCAGGAGUGCGGUCAAGCAUGCGGCCGCAAGUGUUCAGACCUGCAGCACGGCUGGAGCUGUAAUGGUGACAGCAAUGAUAGUGGUGGUGAUGGGCUCUGUGUUCCAGGUUGCCAAUGCCCUGUAGGUCUAGUGGAGGACUACCAGGGCCAGUGUGUGCCGACCAAUAUGUGCCCCUGUGUGCAAGGAGACAAGACAUAUCUACCUGGGGAUCUUGUUCAGAACAGCUGUAAAACCUGUGUGUGUAAGGAGGGGCGCUUUAACUGUACCGAAGGCCACUGUGAAGACGUCAAUAAGUGUCCCGGCUCACUGAUCUACGCUCCACGUUCCUGCCUCCUCACAUGCUCUAGUUUAGACCCUCCGAGUCAGCAGCAAGGUUCCGGCUUCCUGAGUUGUAGAGAGCCUCUUUCUGGCUGUGUGUGCCCCAAUGGAACUGUACUGCUUGGUGAUCAAUGUGUCUUGCCCGCUGAGUGCCCAUGCCGCCAUAAUGGCCGCCUCUACUACAGCAACGACACCAUUACUAAAGACUGCAACACAUGUGUGUGUAAGGAGCGCCGCUGGCACUGCAGUGAGUCAGCCUGCGCUGGGAUGUGUGUGGCCACUGGAGAUCCUCAUUAUGUGACAUUUGAUGGCCGCUUCUUCUCUUUCCUGGGCGACUGUCAGUAUGUGCUGGUGAGAGAGAACAGUGGUUUGUUCAGUGUGACAGCAGAGAAUGUGCCCUGUGGGAGCACAGGGGUCACCUGUACAAAGUCUGUUACUCUCAGCCUGGGGAACACAAUCAUACACCUGCUAAGAGGUAAAUCAGUGACAGUCAAUGGGAUGCCAGUUAAUCUACCUAAAACCUACAGUGGGAGUGGUCUGUCUUUGGAAAGAGUGGGCAUGUUUGUGUCGCUUUCCUCCAGACUUGGGGUCACAUUGUUGUGGGAUGGAGGUAUGCGUGUGUAUGUGCGUCUGGCUGCACACUUGAGAGGAAACGUUGGAGGACUGUGUGGUAACUUUGAUGGUGAUACAGAGAAUGACUUCACCACACGACAGGGCAUAGUGGAAUCUACUGCUGAAUUAUUUGGGAAUUCAUGGAAGGUCAGCCCAUCUUGCCCGGAUGUAACAGACCAAGAUUUGCGAGAUCCGUGCAGCAUCAACUUGCACAGACUGCCAUGGGCCAGGAAAAAAUGUGGCAUCUUGACUCAGGAUCUCUUCUCUCCUUGUCAUCUUGAAGUGGCCUUUCAGCAGUAUUAUGACUGGUGUGUCUUUGAUGCUUGUGGCUGCGACUCUGGUGGUGAUUGCGAGUGCUUGUGUACAGCCAUCGCCACCUAUGCAGAGGAGUGUAACCGCAGGGGGAUCUAUAUUCGCUGGAGGUCCCAGGAACUCUGCCCCAUGCAGUGUGAAAAUGGACUUGUUUAUGACCCAUGUGGUCCAGCUUGCUCACCUUCAUGUCCAAACGUGCAGCAGAGUCCACACUCUCAGUGUGAUGUCCUCUCCUGUGUGGAGGGUUGCUUCUGCCCUGCUGGUACUGUUCGACAUGGUGACAGCUGUGCGGUUCCUACCCAGUGUCCAUGUGAGUGGGAGGGUUCCAUGUUUCCUCCUGGAACUACAAUCAUUCAACACUGCCAGAACUGUUCUUGUGAAGAUGGUAUGUGGCAAUGCGAUGGCGUCGGUUGUCCCCCUCCUGCGCCAACUUGUCUCGAAUCCGAGUUUUCCUGUGCAAGUGGUCGCUGCAUCCCCUCCCAAUGGGUGUGUGACAAUGAAAAUGACUGUGGUGAUGGGUCUGAUGAGAUUUGUCCAUUUACCUGCUCACCCCAACAUUUCCGCUGUACUAGCACUCCAAGUGGCCCAUGUCUGAACCUGGCUUUGCGCUGUAAUGGCCACCCAGACUGUGCUGACCAAUCGGAUGAAGAGUUCUGUGGACCCACCACUUCAAUGCCACUGUGCCCACCGGGGGAGUUUCAAUGCAGCAAUGGGAAAUGUCUUUCACCUAGCCGCGUCUGUGAUGGGCGACUAGACUGUGGCUUUGCUGAUGGUUCUGAUGAGCAAGAUUGUGGUGUAGUCUGUGAUGAAGGAGAGUUUCUAUGUGCCGGAGGACGAUGUAUUCUUUACCUUCAUCGAUGUGACGGCCAUGAUGACUGUGGGGAUCUCAGUGAUGAAAGGGGGUGUGUCUGUGCACAUACAGAAUUUCAGUGCCCAGGGGACCAAUGCAUUACUGCAGAGAAAGUUUGUAACGGACAUAGAGACUGUCCAUCUGGAACAGAUGAGGCCGUCUGUCCUACCAGAGUGACAUGUGGCCCUGAUCAGUUUGCCUGUAGUGGAGGCACAUGCGUUGCCAUCACUAAACUAUGCGAUGGAACACGAGAUUGCCCUGCUGGAGAGGAUGAAAAACAAACCAACUGCUACUCUUUUAUAACUCCACUACCUUCACCCAUGACGCCGACUGUGCCUACCUCAGGUUGUUGGUCCUAUGAGUUUGCCUGUGCCACUGGUGGGCAAUGUGUUCCUCAGACUUGGCACUGUGAUGGCGAGUCAGACUGUUUGGACGGUAGUGAUGAACAGCAAUGUCCUUCACUCUGUGGUCCUGGCCAGGUACUUUGCCUCAGCGGUGACCAAUGUGUGAAUUACCAGCAACUUUGUGAUGGCAACACUGAUUGCAAAGAUGCCUCAGAUGAGAGCAUAGACAACUGUGGCUCAACCAAGAUCCCUCCAUGUCCAGGGAGCUUCUCAUGUGAUAAUCGCACAUGUGUGAACAUGUCAAAAGUGUGCAAUGGGAUCCCCGACUGUCCACGGGGUGAUGACGAACUUGUUUGCGGUAAAGAUGUAUCACCAGCGCCCCCUGGCGACAGGAAUACCACUGUCUCCUGUCCUGAAUUCACCUGUUUGGAUGGAUCCUGCAUCAAUUUCAACCUGAUUUGCAACGGUGUGGCAGACUGCCCAGACUCCUCACUAUCGGCUCUCAGGGUUCCCACAGAUGAGCAGGGUUGUCAAAGCUGGAGCUCCUGGGGUUCUUGGAGCACGUGCAGUACCACCUGUGGAACAGGCUUCACGAGCAGGCGCAGAUCUUGCCCUUCAGGAGACAUAUUGCACCAAUGUCGGGGUCAGGAUAUACAGAAGCAGCAGUGCUUCAACACCACUUGCCCUGUGGAUGCAAAGUGGCUUCCAUGGGUUAACUGGUCAAACUGCUCUAGCGAGUGUGGAGGAGUGCAGAUCCGACACAGAGACUGCAUCCUCCCUCAAAAUGGAGGUCGAGACUGCUUUGAGCUCCCAGGCCCAUCUAACCUAAGCUUGGAAAUUAGGCCAUGUUCUGAGGACGGUUGUUUUAACAGAAGCUGUCCGACAGGCCUGGUUAGACACGACUGUUCCCCUUGUCCAUUUUCUUGUGCACACAUCAGCAGCAAGACUACUUGUGAUCCUACAGCACCAUGCUUCUCAGGUUGCUGGUGUCCUGUGGGGCUGGUCAUGAGCCACACACAGAAAUGUGUGUUGCCAGAUGACUGUGUGUGUGAGCUGGCAGGUGUACGCUACAGGCCAGGUCAGCAGAUGAAAGUGGACUGUGAGAUUUGCGUUUGUCAGAGAGGAAGGCCUCAAAGGUGUCAACCUAACCCGGACUGUUCAGUCCAUUGUGCCUGGUCGUCAUGGUCUGAGUGGGGGGAGUGUUUGGGACCAUGUGGUGUCCAGAGUGUCCAGUGGUCAUUCCGGAGUCCAAACAACCCCGCCAACCAUAUCGAUGGGAAAACCUGCAGAGGGAUUUAUCGGAAAGCACGUCGAUGUCAGACUGACCCUUGUGAUGAGUGUGAGUACCAAGGUCAGUCCCACGCAGUUGGAGACAGAUGGAGGUCGGACCAUUGCCACUUGUGUCAUUGUUUGCCCAACCUCUCGGUGCAGUGCUCCCCUUAUUGUCCAUAUGCUGUUACCGGAUGCCCACAGGGGCAGAGUCUAGUACCUGGAGAGGGAGACACAUGUUGUUACUGUCAAGGACGCAACAUAAGUUCUACAGUUACUCCCUACCCUGUGACAACUAAGCCAGGAAAGGACAGCACUCCCUCCGUCCCCACCUAUCCACUCCCUCCAGGUGAAGAGUGCUGGUCGCCUUUGGGUGUUCAGUUUCUGCCGGCCUCCAGUUUCCAUGCCUCAUCUCAGCAAACCGGUCACCCUCCUGAAGCAGCUCGCCUUCAUGGCUGGGAUGCCCACACAGACCUCCAGGGCUGGAGUCCAGAAACAGAAGAGUACAAGGAUCUACCACAGCGGAGCCCCUUAGGCCACAGUGGCAGCACACAAAGCCCUUACAUAGAGAUUGACUUGCUGAAAGCAUACAACAUCACUGGGGUACUUACCCAGGGCGGCGGUGUGUUCGACACAUAUGUUUCCAGUUUAUACUUGCAGUUUAGCCGAGAUGGAAGACAAUGGUUCAUUUACAAAGAGCUUGUCACUGACACUCAGCCCAGAGCUAAGGUCUUUCAUGCUAACCACAAUGAGGGAGGGGUUGCAGAGAUCAAAUUGGACAGGAUGGUGUCAGCUCAGUUUGUGCGUCUUCUACCACAUGAUUUCCAUAAUGGCAUCUAUCUUCGUCUUGAGAUUAUGGGAUGUGAAGAUGGUUUCCAUUGGUCAACCUUAGCUACACCUACUUCAACCUUCUCACCAAUAAGUGGCUGCAAAGACAGGGAACUUUCAUGUAAAAAUGGUCGCUGUGUCCCAGCUGGUCCUUCAGGAGUUAUCUGCAAUGGAGUCGAUGAUUGUGGUGACGGAUCAGACGAGAUGUACUGUGGCACAGAAAUUUACCCAACAGUCACAACUCCUCACAGCUGCCCUGUUGGUCAGUACUCCUGCCUCCCACCAGGAGGCUGUAUUGACACAGGAAAACAGUGCGAUGGGAUUCCACACUGUCCCAAAGGAGAUGAUGAAAGUAACUGCCACCUGCAUGAGAGCGUCACCACUCAGUCAGAUAGACCAUAUACAAGCACCGCCGCCCCGAUCAGGACUCCUUCUAGGAUCCCUGUGACCCGUCCUGCUAUAUCACCAACAGAUGGAGGGCCUGGAUAUCGUGGCAUCUGCUCAUCCCCACUUGGACUAGAGGAUGGGAGUGUUCGUUAUGGUCAGCUGACCUCGUCCUCUUAUCGUGAGAACAACCCUGCUGAUGCUGGUCGCCUUAAUAUUGUUCCCAAUGUCCAAGUGAUGGAACCCGGUUGGAGUCCCUUACCUUCAGACCUCCAUCCGUACUUUCAGGUCGAUUUCCUUGAGCCCACUUGGAUUUCAGGGGUUGUGACCCAGGGCAGUGAACGCAUGUGGGGUUACCUCACUAAAUAUAGAUUAGCCUUUGCCUUGCAUAGCAGUCUCUUCACCAACUUUACACAGGAUGGCAAGCCCGGUAGUCCUGUUAAGGUAUUUGAGGUGCGAAUGGUGGGUAGGACCCCUGUGACUCGUUGGCUCAGUAGGCUUGUCAGGGCCCGUUACCUGCGCAUCAUCCCUGUGGAGUUCAGACACACCUUCAACCUGCGCGUUGAGAUUCAUGGCUGUAGAGGAGAUGAGCUGGUGACCCCCAUUAGUGUUACAUCUCCCCCUGACGAUGGGAAAGUUACACCGCAGCGUUGUAAACCGGGCCAGUUUGCCUGCCAGCAGAGUGAACAAUGUGUUCCUAUUGCUGUGGUUUGCGAUGGUCAACUUGAUUGCAAGGAUCAUACAGACGAGAUUAAUUGUGGUUCUCCAGGUUUACAGAACCAGACUAGUUCAACAGGGAGACCAGGGUUCCUUGGUGACAGGACAACAGGUGCCCCGGGUCUCCGAACCACUAAGUCAAGAGGUGGGCUGCCUGGUGUGGCUACUACUGGAGUCACGGGAUACCCUGGACUUUGGCAAGCCACCACUCCACACACUGCAACUACUGGCCACCCCGGAUUGCACCUGACUCCAUCGCACAGGCCCGGAGUUCCUGGUUUACAAACCACAAAGCUUCAGUGGAUCACUACAACCCCCAAUGAUGGGGGUUUGCCCAGAGUGCUUUGUGUGGAAGGCCAGUUUGCAUGCCGCUCGUUUGGCUGUGUCGACUCGACUCAGGUGUGUGAUGGCAGGCGGGACUGUUUGGACGGCUCCGAUGAAGAGCGCUGUGGUUCCUCAGUAAUUCCUCUGACUACGCAACGCCCCCCAAUUCCGAGCCCCUGCUCUCCCAAGCAGUUCUCUUGCAAUAGUGGUGAAUGUGUUCACCUGGACCGCAGAUGUGACCUGCAAAAAGACUGUGCGGAUGGUUCUGAUGAGAAAAAUUGCGUUGACUGCAUCAUGUCCCCGUGGACUUCAUGGAGUCUGUGCAGUGUCUCAUGCGGUUUGGGCUCAUUAUUUCGACAGAGGGACAUCAUGAGGGAAGCCCUACCUGGAGGAUCCUGCAAUGGGGCCCAAUUUGACAGCAGGGCCUGCUUCCCACGACCAUGCCCAGUUGAUGGUCAUUGGUCGGAGUGGACAGAGUGGUCCGAGUGUGAUGCGCAGUGUGGAGGAGGUGUUAGGCAGAGGAAGAGAAUCUGUUCCGCACCUGCUCCGAAAAAUGAUGGGAGGGAUUGUGAGGGCAUGAGCUUGCAGAGUCGAAGCUGCAACAUCCAACCCUGUACUAAAGACACUGGUACACAGACAGGUUGUGUCAAUGGUAUGGUGCUAGUGUCCGAGGCAGACUGCCUGGCUGGGAGAGUCGAGCCUUGCCCUCCAACAUGCUCGGAUGUCAGCUUUACCAACAAUUGCACGGAAGAAUGUAAACCAGGAUGCCGCUGUCCCAAAGGAAUGUACCUACAGGGAGGACAAUGUGUGAUAGCAGGCCAAUGUUUCUGUCACUGGAAUGGCCAAAAACUGCAGCCAGGACAGUCGAUCAGCAAGGACCAUUGUACUACAUGUGUGUGUCAGGAUGGACAAGUCACAUGUAACUCCUCCAGCUGUGCAACCAGCUGUCAAUGGUCAGCGUGGUCAUCAUGGUCACCGUGUGACGUCACCUGUGGGCUCGGGAUGCAACAACGUUACAGGUCUCCAGUGAACCAGACAGGAUCUCUCCGAGGACGUCUCUGUCCUGGAGAUUCCUCUGAAGUCCAACAGUGCUCCAUCUCCUGCCACACGGAACAACCAGAUGGGAUUUGGAGUAAAUGGACCAGCUGGUCAGAAUGCAGUAAGACUUGUUUCCAUCACGUGGAUGAUGUAGGAAUCAGACAACGUUUCCGAAGUUGCAACCACACCCAGUCUAGCUGUGAGGGGGAUGGGACGGAGCAAGAGCCGUGCAACAUUGUCCAUUGUGCAGUGGAUGGUGGCUGGUCUGCAUGGUCUCCGUGGUCUCUCUGCUCAGCCGAAUGUGACUCUGGUGUCCAAACACGAGAGAGAAUCUGCACUUCUCCCCAACCACAACAUGGGGGCAAAAGCUGUCCCGGCCCCCACAUUCAGACAGCAGACUGUAAUGCACAUCCCUGUUCAGGUAUAUGUCCUGAAGGUAUGAUGUACAUGACAGCAGCUGAAUGUGAGACACAUGGAGGUGCAUGCCCACGUGUUUGUUUGGAUAUGACCUCUACUGAGGUUCAGUGUGCCACUGCCUGUUACGACGGCUGCUACUGCGCCCUGGGCUUCUACUUGCUGAAUGGCAGCUGUGUGUCUUUGUCCCAGUGCCCAUGUUACUAUCAGGGAAAGCAAUACUCAGCUGGGGCAACCCUUCCUGUAGAUGCAUGCAACAACUGCACAUGCAUUAAUGGAGAAAUGUCAUGUGGAACGACUUCAUGUCCUGUGGACUGCGGUUGGAGCAGCUGGACUCAGUGGAGUGCCUGUAGCCGAACUUGUGAUGUUGGUGUGAGAAGGCGUUACCGCUCAGGAACCAAUCCCCCACCAGAAUUCGGAGGGCGACCGUGCGCAGGCGCCAGAGUUGGUGUGGACACUUGCAGCAUUGAGCCUUGUUUUGGUGUAAGAGAACCAUGGAGCGAGUGGUCCGAAUGCUCAGUGACGUGUGGAGGCGGGUACAGAACCAGAACAAGUGGGCCUAUUCGAGUCCAUGGCACAGCACAACAGUUCAGCGCCUGUAAUCUGCAGCCAUGUGGUGAUGGAAGAACGUGUCCACCAGGGCAAAAAUGGAAGCAGUGUGUAAGAGGAGCAGUAUCAUGUUCAGACCUUACGAUGGGCCUCAGUCGGAACUGCACGCCAGGUUGCCAGUGUCCAACUGGAACUCUCCAACAGGAUGGCGAAUGUAUCCAUGAGUCAGAUUGUCACUGUGAUGUUGAUGGAAAGCGUUUCAAACCAGGAGACAAUGUUUCUUUUGACUGCAAAAAUUGUACAUGUGAAGCAGGAAGACUUGUAAACUGUUCUGAAGCAAGAUGCGAUGCUGAUGGCCAGUGGUCCCCGUGGACACCUUGGGGUCAAUGUUCAGUGUCAUGCGGGGCAGGUCUGCAGUCCCGGUAUCGAUUCUGCUCAAGCCCUCAGCGCUCUGGCAAUGAAUUGCCAUGUCAAGGGCCUAACCGUGAGGACCAAGUUUGUGUCAACACCCCAUGUGAUCGUGACGGAGGUUGGGGUCCUUGGAAUAAUUGGACACAGUGUACUAAGUCAUGUGGCGGUGGUGUACAGAGCCGAAGGAGAGACUGUGAUAGUCCACCCCCAGAGGGUGAGGGAAAUUACUGUGAGGGUCUUGGAACUGAGGUCAAAACCUGUAAUACUGCUCACUGCCCAGUGGCACCAUGUUCUAAGGUCCCAGGCACAGCAUUCAGUAGUUGUGGACCAUCCUGCCCACGCUCCUGUGAUGACUUGGCACACUGUGAGUGGCUGUGCGAGCCAGGCUGCUACUGUACAGAGGGAAAGGUUUUGUCAGCUAAUGGAACAAUCUGUUUAGAGCACGAAGAGUGCCCCUGCCUUGAUCUAAGUACUGGUCGCCGGCUGGAGCCUGGAGACGUCACCGUGGCUCCUGAUGGCUGUAACAACUGUACCUGCGAGGGAGGGAAGCUCAAUUGCUCCCAAAACCCCUGCCCAGUGUCAGGUGGCUGGUGUGAGUGGUCUCUAUGGACUCCAUGCUCCAGGACCUGUGGGGCGGAGUCAGUAUCCCGUUACAGGAGCUGUGGCUGUCCUGAACCCAAAGCUGGAGGGGCGCCAUGUUCCGGAGAACAGGAAAUACACAAUGGAGUUGGCGCUCAAAUCCAGAGUCAACCAUGUCCUGUCAUCACCUUUUGUCCAGUGCAUGGUUCUUGGAGUUCUUGGUCAGCCUGGUCUGCGUGUGAUGGUUGUGCUGGAUCGUCCAGUCGGACUAGAGAGUGCAACCAACCUCCUGCUAGAUAUGGUGGGCUGCCCUGCCAAGGAGAGCGGAUACAAAGCCGUGGUUGCCAUGACAACAACACUGUGUGCUCAGACUGUGGUGGAGGCCAGGAAGAAUGGCCUUGUGGCAAACCCUGCCCUCGUUCCUGUUCUGAUCUCCAUGGCGACACAGAGUGCUUAGACUCCCCAGGAUGCAACAAGACAUGCGGUUGCGCGGGUGAUAUGGUCCUGCAGGAUGGCGUGUGUGUAUCUCGGGAGGAGUGUCUUUGCAAAUAUGAAAACAGCUCUACUGCUGACUCCAGAAAUGCAUCAUGGGUGUGGCCUGGCGAGAUUGAGUGGCAGUUCGCAAGUCAUGGAGAGGAAAUCAUUUCUGACUGCAAAAAUUGUUCCUGCCAAGCUGGUGUUUUGCACUGUCACCCACUCCCCGGCUGCUAUGUUGACGGUGGCUGGGGCCAGUGGGGAGCUUGGUCUUCAUGCUCAGCUUCCUGUGGAGGAGGAGUUCACUUCAGGAAACGUCUGUGUGAUAAUCCUUCUCCUCAGAGUGGAGGAAGAGGUUGCCUGGGAAUUGCUGAUCAGCAGAAAGACUGCAACACACAUCGGUGCACAGAUUCUGUGGGCCCUUGGCUACCCUGGUCUCAGUGGUCAGUGUGCUCAGUCAGUUGCGGUGGCGGGCAGCAGUCUCGAUUUCGGAAGUGCAACUCAUCGGCCUGCAGUGGCAUCAGUCGGCAGAGCAAGACUUGUAAUACAGAGGUCUGCCUUGAGGUGGGCUGCCCCCCAGGCAGGCUGUAUAGGGAGUGCGAGCGAGGGGAAGGUUGCCCUUUCAGUUGCGACCAGAUAAGCGGCAGGGAAGGCUGCUACACCGAUGGCUGUGAGGAAGGCUGCCACUGUCCCUUAUACACUUUCCAACACAACGGCAUCUGCCUACACGAGUGUCCCUGUUUAGUCGAUAAGGAUUUUCUAGCUUCAUUACAGAGCGUCUCGAACACACCAGUCUCAUCUCUGCUCCUCCAUAACAUUUCUGAGGGAGUAGAGCUCCAGCCUGGGGACACAGUGAUCCAUGACUGCAGCUCAUGUGUUUGUGAGCAUGGAAGGUGGAACUGUUCUUUAGAGAACUGUCCAAUUGAUGGUGGUCUCUCACCCUGGAGCUCUUGGAGCCCCUGCUCACUGUCCUGUGGAGGUCUCGGGCUGAAGACCCGCAAUCGAGGAUGUACCCAACCUGCUCCAGCUUAUGGAGGGAGAGGUUGCCAGGGCCCAUUCUUUGAAACCACUUAUUGUCAAGCCCCUGAUUGCUCAGUUGUUGGUCCCACAGAAGAACCCAUCCUGCCAGAUGAGGAUGUUGGUUUCUCUAAAUGGUCAUCAUGGAGUCCAUGUACUAAAACAUGCAGUGAUGCUCGGUCUCCGGCAAUGAAGUCCCGCUAUCGUCAAUGCAUUAGACCGCCCUGCAUCGGGGACUCUCACCAAGACAAAGCCUGCAACCUCCCGCAAUGUCCAGGCUCAGACGGUCCAGAGCUCUGCACUGGGGACGAUUGUGAACAGAGGAACUGUACCUGGACAGCUUGGGGCUCGUGGGGUUCUUGUUCACGUUCCUGUGGAGUUGGCCAGCAACAGAGGAUACGAACCUUCCUCAGCCCUGGCCCCAAUGGCUCCUGGUGUGACGACAUCCUAGGAGGAAACCUCGAGACUCGCUUUUGUAAUAUCAAGCCCUGCAAAGUGGAUGCAGGCUGGUCUCAAUGGAGUCCGUGGUCCCUCUGUGAUAAGCUCUGUGGCGGUGGUCGCUCCAUACGCACCCGUAUGUGUUCCAGCCCUCCACCCAAGAACGGAGGGAAGAAGUGUGAGGGAGAGAAGAACCAGGUCAAACCAUGCAACACCAAGCCUUGCGAUGAACAAGGAUGCCCGCCGGGACAAGAGGUCGUGUCUUGUGCUAAUGAGUGUCCACAGCGCUGCGUUGACCUCCAACAAGGCAUAGAGUGCCAGACCAACACUGAAUGUCAACCCGGAUGCCGCUGCCCUAAAGGUCAGUUGCAGCAAGAUGGAGCAUGUGUGCAUCUGUGGCAGUGUGAUUGCGUUGACUCGCAGGGACAGAUUUGGGCUGCUGGCAGCGGGCAUCAGGUAGACUGCAACAAUUGUAAGUGCACCAACGGACAGUUGGUGUGCACCAAUCAUAGCUGCCAGGCCACAUGCACCUGGAGCUCCUGGUCCAGUUGGGCGUCAUGCAGCGUGACCUGUGGGCGGGGCAAGAGAACCAGAUACAGAUCUUUAAUUUCAGAAAACCAGGAAACUGAUUGUCAAUUUGAGGAAGUCAAUCAUAAAGCUUGUGAGCCCGGACCCUGUCCCCCUCUUUGUCUCCAUGACGACCAGGAGCUACAUGUGGGAGACACUUGGCUUAUGGGAGAGUGUAAACAAUGCACUUGCACUCCAGAGGGAGAUUACUGCCAAGACAUCGAUUGCAGAGUGGAUGGUGGCUGGACUCCAUGGUCAGUAUGGUCUGACUGCUCAGUGACCUGCGGGCAAGGAACACAAGUUCAAACUCGCGCUUGCAUUAACCCGCCACCUCGUAACAAUGGCACACACUGCGAUGGGCCAGAAAGACAGAACCAAGAAUGCCACACCGCUCUCUGUCUGGAUGACCUUUGCCCAUGGUCGCCAUGGUCACCGUGUUCCCGGAGUUGUGGGGCAGGGACUGUAGUGAGGCGUAGGGUGUGCGUCUGCGGGAAGAGAGGAAUUGCAGCAUGUCCCGCUGAGAUUGAAGAUGAGAUGAACCAAGAGGAGAACCAGCUGUGUUUCAAGCAACCAUGUCCUGAGUGUCCCAUGUCAGGAUGGAGCGUUUGGUCUCAGUGCUCAUGUGAAUCUCAAAGGCAGCAACGCUACCGUGUAGCUGUCACCUCGGCCACCAGGGGGCAGCAGUGCACUCCUGUUGAAACACAAAGCAAGCCAUGUAGCCUCAGUCACUGUGAUGAAUGUGAAGCACCAUUCAUUUAUUCCCCUUGUGGUGCACCUUGUGAGAAGCAUUGUGAGCUCCAUGGACGUACAGAUCUGUGUCUGGGUGUCAGAGAGUGUACACCUGGUUGCUACUGUCCACCGGGGUUGCUACAGCAGAAUGGUAGCUGUGUAUCAUCUGAAAAGUGUGGCUGCAUUUACUUGCAUGAUCAACCUGAAGGACAUUCACCAACACCAGUCACUGUCCCUCAGGGGUCUACAGUCACCAUUGGUUGCAGUAGCUGCCUUUGCCAUGAUGGGACCUUGGAGUGUGACAUGAGAGAGUGUGAAGUGAUCUUCAGUGAAUGGUCAGAAUGGACUCCGUGUUCUCCCUGCAUGCCAUACUCAUCUCUGAACCCAGGCAGUAACCUCCUGGAAGACUCCGUCAAUGGAAGUAGAAGGAUUUCGUUUCAGAGGCGUUUCCGGGCCUGUUUAGAUUUUGACUCUGGGUUUCCAGUGUCUGGAGAGCAGGAGAAAAGUCAGUGUCCUCAUCCGCAAGUUGAGGACAGGCUGUGUCCCGAUGAUGGCAUCUGUAAAGAUUUAUGUCAGUGGAGUGUGUGGAGUGCGUGGACAGUUUGUGCGGAGCCGUGUAGUGGUGGAGUCAGGCAGCGCCACAGGCAUCCUCUGGCUGCUCCCCCAGGACCCCUCUGCCAGAGUCAGCAAACACAAAGCCAGAGCUGCAACACAGGACUUUGCCCAGGUGAACGCUGUGAAGACAGAGGGCGAAUCUACCAAGAAGCCUGCGCCAAUCAGUGUCCUCGCAGCUGCACUGACUUAUGGGAGCAUGUUCAGUGUCUCCAAGGACGGUGUCAUCCAGGUUGUCGUUGUCCCGAGGGUCAGCUUUUGCAGGAUGGCCAUUGUGUGUCCGUGGCAGAAUGUAGGUGUGGUGUCCCAUCAGGAAAUGGAACACUUGAGUCCAUGCCAAAUGAAGAACUUCUCUUGGACUGCAACACCUGUGUGUGUGAGAACGGCACUCUAGCGUGCACCAAUCUUCCCUGUCCUGUGUAUGAACCUUGGAGUUCAUGGACAGUCUGUUCAUCUUCAUGUGGGCGUGGCCAGCAGACACGAACACGCCUCUGUCAAGAUAUUGAGGGUGGUCCUUCCUGUUCUGACACUGUGCAGACAGAAAGCUGUAACUUGCGACCAUGUCCAGCGGGAUGUUUGUUAAGCAAAUGGUCAAGCUGGAGUGAGUGCAGUGCCACAUGUGGUGGUGGGUUGUCGAUGCGUAACAAGACAGUCCUUCAGGAAUCGGAACCGGGUGGGGCCGCCUGUGUUGGACCACUUGAACAACACAGUAUCUGUAACAGCAACAGCUGUGAAACUGAGUGUCCGGAGGGCCAGGUAUUUGCGGAAUGUUCAGGUUCCUGUCCAUACACCUGUGAAGACCUAUGGCCACACACUCAGUGUAUAGCAGGACCUUGCAACCCUGGAUGCUCCUGCCCACCUGGACAGGUGUUACAUGAAGGCAUGUGUGUGUUCCACGAUGAUUGCCCCUGUUCAGCGCUUUCUCUGCCGAUCGCCUACCAAACCUUGAAUAGUAGCAAUUUUGAGAGGACAGAUGCCACGUUGUCACCUGGGACAUCCUUACAGCACCUCUGCAAUACAUGUGUGUGUCGAGGAGGAGUGUUUAACUGCACCUCCAAGCUCUGCGAAGUGGAUUGUGAGUGGUCCAUCUGGUCUCAGUGGAGUUCAUGCUCUGCCAGUUGUGGUACAGGACAACUGAGCUCCACCAGAACUGUGUUGAAGCCAAGCCAGUAUGGGGGGAUCCAAUGUGAGGGCCCAGACUAUCGCACUGCUUCAUGCAUGGCCCCUGAUUGUGCGUGUCCUGACGGGGAACAAUGGAAGAGGAGGAGGAGUUUGUCGGAAGACGCGCCUCUGUGCGAGAGGAGCUGCGAGGACAUUUACUUCCCGACUCCCAUUAACUGCAGCCACUCGUCAGAGGGUUGCGUGUGUCAGGAGGGGCUUUACCGAAACACCGAUGGCGUGUGUGUCAUCCCUGCUCUCUGCCCCUGCCAUAACCAGGGUGUCGUGCAGCAGGCUGGAUCAGAGUGGGAGGAGGGCUGCCUGUCAUGCCGUUGUGUGAACGGGAAGAAGCUGUGCCAGCCGAGGUGCCCUGAACUCCACUGUAAUGAGGGGGAAGUCAAAGUUGAGGAACCAGGCAGCUGUUGCCCAGUCUGCAGGAAGCCAUUUACAGACGAGCCUGUGGAAGAGUGCCGCCGCUACGUACAGGUCAAAAACAUCACAAAGGGGAACUGUCGGCUUGACAAUGUGGAGGUCAGCUUCUGUCGGGGUCGCUGUCUCUCCAGGACUGAUGUCAUCUUGGAGGAGCCCUACCUGAGGUCUGCGUGCGAUUGCUGCAGCUACCGUUUGGACCCGAACAACCCCGUCCGUUUCCUCAACUUGCUGUGUGACAGCGGUGAGAGCGAACCGGUUGUCCUGCCUGUCAUACACAGCUGUGAAUGCACCAGCUGCCAAGGAGGUGACCUGUCCAGGCGAUGA